CCACAACAACAACACCUCAACACACCCACCUACCAAUCGACAAUACACCAUCCCACCUCACUCCCUCCCCCUUCACCUCUCAAAUCUCACGACUACCAACCAACAACCCAAUGGACCCCCGCCACCGCUCAACCUCCCCAAUCCCACCACCACCACCCCCCAAAACCUCACCCUCAACACCAACACCAACGCACCUCAAACCCCCCCACGCCCACCACCACCACCACCACCACCACCAUCACACACAACACCACUCCUCCCAACAACCGCGCCCCUCCAACCCCCCAACUCGCGCCCCCAUAACCGCCCACCCCACCGCCACGAUCUCCGAAACAGCCCUCAUCCAAGGCCCCCAUCCAAUCUCCAUCGGCUCAGGAACAAUCAUCCACCCCCGCGCAAGAAUCUACUCCCACGAAGGACCCAUCAUCAUCGGGAAUGGAUGUAUCAUUAGUGAGAAGUGUGUGAUUGGGGCGGCGGUACCGCCUUUCACACCAACGCCAGUUCCACAACCUCCCUCAUCAACGGGAAUAUCGUCCUCAUCUACGCAUCCUCACGACAGAGCAGAUAAAAAAGAAGGAGAAGGAGAAGGAGGAAGAAGUAUCCUGCCCACGCGCAUCUCAUCCAAUGUGACGAUUAGUCCCGGGGCACAGAUUCUCCCGGGGGCGCAUAUCCAUUCGAGUUGUGGGAUUGAGGCGCAUGCGGUGAUUGGACGGCGGGCGGUGGUGGGAUCGCAUUCCAGGGUGUGUGCGGGGUGUGAGGUCGCGCCGGGGGAUGUGGUGAAGGAGUGGAUGGUGGUUUGGGGGGGUGGGAGUGGGAGUGGGAGUGGGGGACAGAGGAGACGGGCGAGGGUUACGGGGAAGGUGGAGUCGAGUUUGAAUGUUAAUGCGAAUUCGAAUGGGAAUGGGAAUGGGGGGCUGGAGGGGAGGGUUAUUGAGGAUGCGAGGUUAAUGGUGUUGCAAAAGGAGAGGGAGGCGUUGGUGAGGUUGAUUGGUGGGAGGAGGAGAUAGAUCUUAUACUGUGUCAUGGGGAUUGAGUUGGGGAUUGGGUGGUGGAGGAUGAUGGUUUAUGAUACAUGGUUUCUGCUCUAUACCCAUCAAUAAUGGCAUCAUUCUACAGUUGUAUACACGCUUGACUAUGCUUGAAACAUACG